CUCCUACUGCAUUGUUGAUGCCCUCCCUCAUCGCUUUCCAAGCAGAUCAUCGGGGGAGCGUGUGGCCUGUCCCGGCCGUUGUCAUUGCAUAGAGCUGACGUGACAGCCUCGAAGCUUUAACCCAGCAGCGGACGCUUGUCCGCCACUGUCUGUCUGGUGGAUAUGGGAGCAAAGUGUCUGAGGUUCGUGUUUUUCUGCCAUGUACAAGUGUCUCUCUGCCAUCGUACCUACCCAGCUAGUGUCACCAACGACGGCCUCUAAACGGAAAAAAAGUACAGAGACUCUGAAGUCCAAGUCAGCAGCUGCAACCACCUAUGUACAGCAAGAUCGGGGGAAGGGGCAUUUCGCCAGACACGGAGGCAGGCGCGAUUGUUCAUGUACGCCAGGAACGAAUAGAGGUAGGCAAGAGCGAGUGGCCGAAGGACCUUGAGACAGAGCAAGAGGCAAAGUACGUAUGUACGUACAAACAAACCAUUGGCUCAAGGCCUCCGCAGCGACCAGAUGCACCCAAAUGCAGCCACAAUUUCCCACAAACGCACUGCAGUGACGUGAUGGAUUCCUGCCGUGAAUUAGAUCAUCCGUGGACCGUUCUGUUCGCCGCUUGACGCUCGACGCCUGCCGUGACCCUCCCUGUCGUCAGUCCAACCUAGGUACCUAUCUACCUACCUACGGAAGCCCUCCGCCUGCCUGCCUGCCUGCCUGCCUAUCUGCUGCUGUCCCUCCGUCCCAUCCCCCCUGCAACCAGCUUCUCGCCCGUCCUCUACGUGUUCCGCCUCCCACAUCGACACGACAACAAAAACCACCUGCCCCCUUAGCAACAUUUCCUCCAAACCUUUACUCUCCUGCUUCUUCCUCCUUCACACAAGCCUUGUGAUUUCUCUACUCAGUUCUUUCCGGCCUUCCCACCCUCCCUUCGUGAUACCCCCAAAGACUCGGCUUCAUUGGAAGACUGAUCCAUAGAAACCACCGCAAUGCGUUUCCUCCCCGCCGUCCUGACGGCUUUGACUGCCCAGGGCGUCAUCGCAAGCUCCUGGUUCUCCAAGGCUGCCUACAACAAAUGGCACGAGACGGAGCUUGAGCGCUGGCUCUCCGACCAUGACGUCCCGUACCCCACCCCCGCCGACCGCAAGGACCUCGAGAAGCUCAUUGAGAGCAACUGGAACGACAUCGUCGUCGCUCCCUACAACCUGUGGGAUACCGACCGCCUGUCAAACUACCUGAAGGCCAAGGGUCUCCAGACUGAAGGUGCUGCCAAGGCCAAUAAGGAGUCCCUUCUCUCCCAGGUCCAGGGAACCUGGUACGAGACCGGUGACCAGGCCCAGAACGCCUAUCUCAACGUCAAGGACUGGAUCUUGGACAGCUGGACCGACAGCCAGCUCAAGGCCUUUGCCGACAAGCACAGCAUUCCUGUUCCCCAGCCCCGCAACCGCGACAGCAUCCUUCAGAAGGCCCGCGCCAACUACGAGACCAUUGCCCAGAAGGCUGGCGAGACCGCCUCCUACCCCGGCAACUGGCUGUACGAGACCUGGUCCGAAUCUGAUCUCAAGGAGUGGCUCGACACCCAUGGCUUCCCCGCCCCUCAGGUCACCAGCCGUGACAAGCUGAUUGCCUCCGUUCGCCGCAACUCUCGUCUUGCUUCCCUCAAGGCUCAAGAGCAGGCCGCCAGCGCUUCCGCCAGCGCCCAGCAGGCCUACGCUACCCUGACUGACAUGGUCAUCGAUGCUUGGAGCGACUCUCAGCUCAAGGAAUUUGCCGACAAGAAUGGCAUUCCUGUUCCCCAGGGUACCAAAACCAACGAGCUUAAGGCCCUGAUCCGCAAGCACCGCGCCGACUUCCUUCAGAACAACGUCUCUGGCGCCGCUGCCAGCGCCUACGGCGCUGCCACUUCCAAUGUUGGCUCGGCUGCCUCUAAGGCCACCGACGGUGUCUCUAACGCUGCUUCUGAUGCUUUCAACGCUGCCAUUGGCACGUGGUCUGAGAGUCGCCUUAAGGGCUACCUUGAUGCUCGCGGUGUUCCCGUUCCCCAGGGAUCCAAGACUGAUGAACUUCGUGCUCUCGUUCGCAAGAACCAGCACAAGGCUGCCACUGGCUGGAGCGCAUGGACCUACGAUGAUCUUUCCACUGAGAACCUGAGAAAGUACCUUGCUUCCAGCAGCGAUGCUACUGUCAAGAAGGUUGCUGAGAAGAAGGAUGCUUCUCGCGAUGAGCUCGUUAACGCUGCUCAGUCUGCUUACAGCUCCGCCUCGUCUGCUGGUGGUGCCUCGUACGCGUCUGUCACCAGCUACUUCGCCCAGGCCACCGAUUCUGCCAAGUCUACUCUGUUCGAUACAUGGAGCGAGAGCGAGCUUAAGUCUUACUUGGAAAGCUACGGUGUCAACGUUCCCCAGGGUUCCACCAUUGACGAGCUCCGCGCCUACGCCCGCAAGCAGUACACGUACUUCAAGUACGGUACUUCCACGCCCUCGGAGACUCUCUAUGCUAAGAUCGCUGAGAACGCGAAGGGUACCUGGAACUGGGUUGCCAACCAGGUUGGUCUUGGUGCCGAUGUUGCCCAGAAGAAGGCUGCCGACACCAAGAAGGCGGCCGAGAACGCCAAGAAGCAGGAGUUGUAAAUGCUCGUGCUUCCCGCUUCUUAAUACCUGCCUCUCAUCAUAAGUGGCCAUGGCGACUCUUCGGAGUUGCAGAAUUAUGACGGAUGACAAAAUUUGGGUUUCCGGCUUGCUUUAACGAUACUUUGCACUUUGAAUCGGAAUGGUCUGGGGGUGGUUUGCCUUCAGAACUCAUGGGUAGUUAGUAUCGGCAUCGGGUUUCUUUUGCCCCUCCUGCUCGCAUGGGGCUAGAAAUGUACACUAUUCGGUUAGGGAUGAGCCAUGAGAUUAAUCAUUACCAAUG